AUGACCCACCCCGACAUUUCCGUUGAUGUGCUCGUCAUUGGUGCAGGCCCAACUGGUUUGGGUGCUGCGAAGCGGUUGAACCAGAUCAACGGCCCCUCGUGGAUGAUUGUCGACAGCAACGAGACCCCCGGUGGUCUUGCUUCCACCGAUGUCACCCCUGAAGGCUUUCUCUACGAUGUCGGUGGCCACGUCAUCUUCUCCCACUACAAGUACUUCGACGACUGCAUCGACGAGGCUCUCCCCAAGGACGACGACUGGUACAGCCAUCAGCGUAUCUCCUACGUCCGGUGCCAGGGCCAAUGGGUUCCCUACCCCUUCCAGAACAACAUCUCCAUGCUUCCUAAGGAGGAGCAGGUGAAGUGCAUUGACGGCAUGAUCGAUGCCGCUCUGGAGGCCCGCGUCGCCAACACCAAGCCCAAGAACUUCGACGAGUGGAUCGUUCGCAUGAUGGGUACUGGUAUUGCCGACCUGUUCAUGAGACCUUACAACUACAAGGUCUGGGCUGUCCCCACCACCAAGAUGCAAUGCGCUUGGCUCGGCGAGCGUGUCGCGGCCCCCAACCUCAAGGCUGUGACCACCAACGUGAUCCUGAACAAGACCGCUGGUAACUGGGGUCCCAAUGCUACCUUCCGCUUCCCUGCUCGUGGCGGUACCGGUGGUAUCUGGAUUGCCGUCGCCAACACUCUCCCCAAGGAGAAGACCCGCUUCGGUGAGAAGGGCCGUGUCACCAAGGUCAACGCCAAGAACAAGACCGUCCAGCUGGCGGACGGCACCACCGUCGGCUACAACAAGCUCGUGUCCACCAUGUCUGUGGACUUCCUUGCUGAGCAGAUGGGCGACCAGCAGCUGGUCAGCCUCACCAAGGAGCUCUUCUACUCCUCCACCCACGUCAUCGGUGUUGGUAUCCGUGGCAGCCGCCCCGAGAGAAUCGGUGACAAGUGCUGGCUCUACUUCCCCGAGGACAACUGCCCCUUCUACCGUGCCACCAUCUUCUCCAACUACUCUCCUUACAACCAGCCUGAUGCUUCUAAGAAGCUUCCCACCAUUCAGCUGGCUGAUGGCUCCAAGCCUCAGAGCACCGAGGCCAAGGAGGGACCUUACUGGUCCAUCAUGCUGGAAGUUUCCGAGUCUUCCAUGAAGCCCGUCAACUACGAGACUCUCCUUCAGGAGUCCAUCCAGGGUCUCGUCAACACCGAGAUGCUCCAGCCUGGUGAUGAGAUCGUCUCCACCUACCACCGCCGCUUCGACCACGGUUACCCCACUCCCUCCCUCGAGCGUGAGGGUGCCCUCACCCAGAUCCUGCCUAAGCUCCAGGAGCUGGACAUCUGGUCCCGUGGCCGCUUCGGCAGCUGGCGCUACGAGGUCGGUAACCAGGACCACUCGUUCAUGCUUGGUGUCGAGGCCGUAGACAACAUUGUCAACGGUGCUGUUGAGCUGACGCUCAACUACCCCGACUUUGUCAACGGCCGUCAGAACACCGAGCGCCGCCUGGUGGAUGGUGCUCAGGUGUUCGCCAAGAACAAGGCUCAGCAGUAA